CCGGCCGAGGCGCCGCGCCGUUGCGGCUGCGGGCGGCGACGGCUGCACCAUGGGCAGGCUGCUGCGGGCCGUCCGGCUGCCGCCGCUGCUGCCGCCGCUGCUGCUGCUGCUGGCCGGGGGAGCGUCCCUGGGCACAUGCGCGGCUGGGUCUGAUGAGCCUGGCCCCGAGGGCCUCACCUCCACCUCCUUGCUGGACCUCCUGCCACCCACGGGCCUGGAGCCGCUGGACUCGGAGGAACCCAGUGAGGCCAUGGGGCUGGGAGCUGGCCUGGGGGCCCCUGGCUCGGGCUUCCCCAGCGAAGAGAGUGAAGAGUCCCGCAUCCUGCAGCCGCCACAGUACUUCUGGGAAGAAGAGGAGGAGCUGAAUGACUCCAGCCUGGACCUGGGACCCACUGCAGACUACGUCUUUCCAGACUUGACGGAGAAGGCGGGUCCCAUAGAAGACACCAGCCAGGGCCAGGAGGUGCCGAGCCCGCCCUCACCCUUGCCCAAGAUGAACCUGGUGGAGCCACCCUGGCACAUGGCUCCUGGAGAAGAGGAGGAGGACGAGGAAGACGAGGAGGAGGAGGAGGAGGAGGAAAGGGAGAAGGAGGAGGUAGAGAAGGAAGAGGAAGAGGAAGAAGAGGAGGAGCUGCUGCCUGUGAACGGAUCCCAAGAAGAAGCCCAAACUCAGGGCCAUGGCUUUUCUCCCACCAGCGGCAGCAGGGUGCCAGGGGUUGCCAAGCACAGGCACGAAGAAUCUGGGGAACAGGCCUCCUCGGGUGUGGAGGUGGGCAGCAGCAUGGAGCCCAGUCUGUCACCGUCCGCAGUCACCCCGAGCACAGUGACCCCGGGGGGGCAGGACUUCGUCAGCCAGGAGACGGGGGGCACGACGCUGCCGGCCACGGGGCGUGGGGUGGAGUUUGAGGCUCCUCAGGAGGCAAGCGAGGAGGCCACCCUGGGAGCAGCGGGGUUGGCUGGCAAGCAAGCGGAGGUGCCGUCCUUAGCCUCGUUCCCUCAGACAGAAGCUCCCAGUGGGGCCGAGACCCCAGCUGAAGACCCCCUUUACCCUGGAGCCUCCGCCUCUCUCCCGCUGGCCCCCCGAGACGCGGAACUGACACCUGCCUCUGCCACCUUGGGGCAAGAAGACCUCAGCCAGCAGCCCCAGGAAGGACAGGCCACCGAAGCCCAGUCCAGAAUACCCUGGGAUUCUACUCAGGUGAUCUGCAAAGACUGGAGCAAUCUGGCCGGGAAAAACUACAUCAUUCUGAACAUGACAGAGAACAUAGACUGUGAGGUGUUCCGGCAGCACCGGGGGCUGCAGCUCCUGGCCCUGGUGGAGGAGGUGCUGCCCCGCCACGGCAGUGGCCGCCACGGGGACUGGCACAUCUCCCUGAGCAAGCCCAGCGAGAAGGAGCAGCACCUUCUAAUGACCUUGGUGGGCGAGCAGGGGGUGGUGCCCACUCAAGACGUCCUUUCCAUGCUGGGAGACAUCCGCAGGAAUCUGGUGGAGAUUGGCAUCCAGAACUACUCCACUACGAGCAGCUGCCAGGCCCGGGCCAGCCAGGUGCGCAGCGACUAUGGGACGCUCUUUGUGGUGCUGGUGGUCAUCGGUGCCAUCUGUGUGAUCAUCAUCGUGCUGGGCCUGCUCUAUAACUGCUGGCAGCGGCGGCUGCCCAAGCUCAAACACGUGUCCCACGGCGAGGAGCUGCGCUUCGUAGAGAACGGCUGCCACGACAACCCCACGCUGGACGUGGCCAGCGACAGCCAGUCGGAGAUGCAGGAGAAGCAGCCCAGCCUGAACGGCGGCGGGGCCGUCAACGGCCCGGGGGGCUGGAGCGCGCUCAUGGGGGGCAAGCGGGACCCUGAGGACUCGGACGUGUUUGAGGAGGACACGCACCUGUGAGGGCGCCCUCCGGCAGCUCUGGCCCGCUGUGACCCCGCGGCCGUACCCUCGCCCCGUUGGGACUGCGCCGGGACGAGCUGGGCGGAUCCGGAGCGGACAACCGCGCCUCCCCUCCCCUCCCGGCCCCGGCCGCUCUCCCGCAGCCCGGCCCUCGGUGCGGGGUCCUCCCGCUUCCCACAGACUCACGGAACAGUCUCGGCACAGCCCUCCCCAUCCCCGUCUGGCGCCCCCAGGAGCCGGUCCCAGAACGGCCCCGCUUCCCCGGCCGCGCCCCGGGACCCCCAUUAAAGCCGCCCGGAGACCACGCCGGGCCCAGCC